GAUCGUUUUAUACAUAAUUUUGAAAGCGAAACCGUUGCAAAACAAUAUUAGUUGACGAUUCUAAUGAACUGUAUUAUUUCUCUUAUUUGUUUUACAUAUUUUUACAUUUAUCUAAUCAAUAUAAGUACAGAUAGAUGUUGAUUACUAGAUGGUUCAGGCAUUUUGGUAAAACUGGCAUUGAUUUUUUCGUUACUACUUAAUAAAGGAUUUGCUCUAUAUAUAUAUAUAUAAUUAUUCCGAAAAAUAUCACAGAUCUCUUUUGUUUUAUAAUUAAGUGUGAUAAGUAUGCGUUAAGAAACGUUGUGUAUUUUUUGUGAUAUUUAAAAAUGCAGGAAGCGGAAAAGGUUGAACUUCAAACUGUUUCAGAAAUAGUAUAUAAAGCCAGAAAUUCUAUAGACAAAUUACCUCCCAAGGCAGUUCCUAAGGACAAAUUCUUACUAUGUUACGUUGUAUUUUUUCUCAUGGGUAUAUCACAUUUUCUACCUUCAUCGUUCUUAUCAGCCGCUAAUAAUUUUUGGUUGUAUAAAUUUCGAAAUACCUCUGAUCCCACCUACUCGCCAGAGAACAGAACCGUACUCCAAGCGUACUUCGCUUCUUCGCAAACUGUGGCCAAUACUAUACCAGCCAUCACUUUUGGUUUGUGGAACGUGUUGUACGGCUACCGGUUCAGGAUAGUACCUAGAGUGUUGAUCUCCUUGACGGUGGUAGCGGUGAUUUUCUACUGUCUUACGGCCUUUAUCAAGAUCGAUACCGACAAUUUUCAGGUUAUAUUCUUUGCAAUUGCUUUAACAUGCUCUGGAAUAAUGAUAGGAUUCAAUGCCGUCAGUUUGUUGACUUCCACCAACUUGUACCCCAGAUUUCCGCACAGGUACAUGAAAAUCUGCCUGCUCGGCGAAGGCGCCAGUGCCAUCAUCGUAGAUCUGUUAAAUAUUAUCUCAGUCGGAAUUUUCGGGAACGACCUGUCCGACGCCACCUUGAUGUACUUCAUUUUGGGUAGUUUCAUAAUCACGGCCACUGCCAUAGCCUUCGCCUACGCUUCAAAGACUGAAUUCUUUAGGUACUGUUUAGACACGUUACCGGAGAAGAAAAGUGAAAACAGACAUAUAUCCAGGCAGACUAUAAAAAGCAUUUUCAUGAAAAUUUGGGAAAGUAUAUUUUUAUUUUUUGUCUUCGGGUUAGGAACGGCAGCCACCCACACUUCCGUUACUUCGUUGGUGGUUUCUGAGGAUAACAACGUUACGGUUUGGAGUAAUAACUUCUUUAGCCCAGUAAUUACUUUUCUUUUAUCCGAUAUUUGGUUAUUACUUGGUAGAGCGACGUCAUCAUAUUUCCCUUGGAAAAUGCCAGAAAGAGUAUUAUGCGUCGUGUCACUUAUUUUAACGUUGAUAUUAGUGCCCUCUAUAUGGCUGUGCAAUGCCCAGCCAAGAAGCCAUCUACCGGUAGUGUUCACACACGAUUGGCAGUAUUCUCUUAUUUUAGGAAUGUUUACUUUUAUGAGUGGAUAUUUAUUGAACGCCGCUGUUCUAUAUAUUCGGGAGAAAACAUCUAACGAAGAAGGAGAAGUAGCUUUUAACGUAUUUACCCUAUUCAUGGGUGUAGCGCAAGUGAUGGCAUCUCCUAUUGGCAUAUUUGUUGUGAACAUUUUGUAAAUAAAUUAUUAUAUUUUUGUAUAUAUAAAUUGUACAUAAGAUUUGGAUUUAUACACUUGUUUUUGUAUAU